GCGUCUUCUCCUGGCGGCGCGCGCCCGCCCGGCCCCGCGGCGGCGGCGCGUCACCCUCUCCCCCGCCCCGAGCCCACGAGCCGGGAGGCGGCGGCUGCUGCUGCAGUGGGGCAGGUGGCGGCGACUGGCGGCUCUCGAGGCGGCGGCAGCGAUUUAACCCAGAAACUGACUUCAUUAUAGAAAUACCCACAGUUAUAUCAAUGUUUGGGGAAAGGUAGUGGCAACAGGCGAAGGAAACACAGCUCUGACAUCCUAGGGACAAUGAGCCUGUUAAAGCCAAGUGGGCUGAAGGCCCCCACCAGGAUCCUGAAGCCUGGAAGCACAGCCUUGAAGACCCCCGCUGCUGCUCCAGUAGAAAAAACAAUAUCCAGUGAGAAAGCAUCAAGCACUCCAACCUCUGAGACACAAGAAGAAUUUGUGGAUGACUUUCAUGUUGGGGAGAGAGUUUGGGUAAACGGGAAUAAGCCUGGAUUUAUCCAAUUUCUGGGAGAAACCCAGUUUGCACCAGGCCAGUGGGCUGGGAUUGUUUUAGAUGAACCCAUAGGCAAGAAUGAUGGUUCAGUGGCAGGAGUCCGGUAUUUCCAGUGUGAGCCUUUAAAAGGCAUAUUCACCCGACCUUCAAAGUUGACAAGGAAGGUUCAAGCAGCAGAUGAAGCUAACGGCCUGCAGACGACUCAUGCUUCCAGAGCCACUUCACCUCUGUCCACUUCUGUGGCCAGCAUGGUGUCAUCCUCCCCAGCCACCUCCUCAAAUGUCCCCCAUAAAUCAUCCCAGCCAACAGCAAAGGAACCUUCAGCUACAUCACAGAUCAGCAACCUUACAAAAACUGCCAGUGAAUCUAUCUCCAACCUCUCCGAGGCUGGCUCAAUCAAGAAAGGGGAAAGAGAGCUCAAAAUUGGAGACAGAGUAUUGGUCGGUGGUACUAAGGCUGGCGUAGUCCGGUUUCUUGGGGAGACAGACUUUGCGAAGGGGGAGUGGUGUGGUGUGGAGUUAGAUGAACCUCUUGGGAAGAACGACGGGGCUGUGGCUGGAACCAGGUAUUUUCAGUGUCAACCCAAAUAUGGCUUGUUUGCUCCUGUCCACAAAGUGACCAAGAUUGGCUUCCCUUCUACUACUCCAGCCAAGGCCAAAGCCGCUGCUGUGAGGCGGGUGAUGGCGACCACGCCCGCCAGCCUGAAGCGCAGCCCUUCUGCCUCCUCUCUCAGCUCCAUGAGUUCUGUGGCCUCCUCCGUGAGCAGCAAGCCCAGUCGCACAGGAUUAUUGACUGAAACCUCCUCCCGUUAUGCCAGGAAGAUCUCCGGCACCACUGCCCUCCAGGAGGCCCUGAAGGAGAAGCAGCAGCACAUUGAGCAGCUGCUGGCUGAGCGGGACCUAGAGAGGGCGGAGGUGGCCAAGGCCACGAGCCACGUGGGGGAGAUAGAGCAGGAGCUAGCUCUGGCCCGAGACGGACACGACCAGCAUGUCCUGGAAUUGGAGGCCAAGAUGGACCAGCUGCGGACAAUGGUGGAAGCUGCUGACAGGGAGAAGGUGGAGCUUCUCAACCAACUGGAAGAGGAGAAAAGGAAGGUUGAGGACCUGCAGUUCCGGGUUGAGGAAGAAUCAAUCACUAAAGGCGAUCUUGAGCAAAAGAGCCAGAUUUCUGAAGAUCCCGAGAAUACGCAGACCAAACUGGAGCAUGCCCGCAUUAAGGAGCUUGAACAGAGCCUGCUCUUUGAAAAGACCAAAGCUGACAAACUCCAGAGGGAGUUAGAAGACACUAGGGUGGCUACAGUGUCAGAAAAAUCCCAUAUAAUGGAACUAGAGAAAGAUCUAGCAUUGAGAGUACAGGAAGUAGCUGAGCUGAGAAGAAGGCUAGAGACCAGUAAGCCUGCGGGGGAUGUCGAUAUGUCACUCUCCCUUUUGCAAGAGAUAAGCUCUUUGCAAGAAAAGUUAGAAGCCACCCAUGCUGACCACCAGAGGGAAAUAACUUCUCUGAAGGAGCAUUUUGGAGCCCGGGAAGAAACACAACUGAAGGAGAUAAAGGCUCUUCAGGCUGCCACAGAGAAGCUUUCCAAAGAGAAUGAGUCAUUGAAAAGCAAGCUUGACCAUGCCAACAAGGAGAAUUCAGAUGUAAUAGUCCUGUGGAAGUCCAAGCUGGAGACCGCCAUCGCGUCCCACCAGCAGGCGAUGGAGGAGCUGAAGGUGUCCUUCAGCAAGGGGAUUGGAAUGGAGACAGCAGAAUUUGCCGAGCUAAAAACACAAACAGAGAAAAUGAGACUAGAUUACCAGCAUGAAAUAGAAAAAUUGCAGAACAAACAAGACUCCGAACGGUCUGCUCACUCAAAAGAGAUAGAAGCCCUAAGGGCUAAACUUAUGAAAAUCAUUAAGGAGAAAGAGAAUAGUCUGGAAGCCCUCAAAGCGAAACUGGACAGAGCAGAAGACCAGCACCUAGUAGAAAUGGAAGACACCUUAAACAAAUUACAGGAAGCCGAAAUAAAGGUAAAAGAGCUAGAGGUACUACAAGCCCAGUGCAAUGAACAAACCAAGGUUAUUGGUAAUUUUACAGCACAGCUCAAGGCUACUGAAGAAAAGCUCUUGGAUCUUGAUGCACUUCAGAAAGCCAGUUCUGAAGGUAAAUCGGAAAUUGAGAAACUUAGACAGCAGCUUGAGGCAGCUGAGAAACAGAUUAAAGGUUUAGAGAUUGAAAAGAACACUGAAAGUGGCAAGGCUAGUAGCAUUACCAAAGAGCUGCAGGGCAAAGAGCUGUCACUUAAAAACCUCCAGAAAAACUUAAGUGAGAUCAGUCAAGUGAAGGAGGCUUUGGAAAAAGAACUUCAGAUUUUGAAAGAAAAGUUUGCUGAUGCUUCAGAGGAGGCAGUUUCUGUUCAGAGAAGUAUGCAAGAAACUGUAAAUAAAUUACACCAAAAAGAGGAACAGUUUAACGUGCUGUCUUCUGAACUGGAGAAGUUGAGAGAAAACUUAACAGAUAUGGAGGCAAAAUUCAGAGAGAGAGAUGAAAGAGAAGAGCAGUUGAUAAAGGCAAAGGAAAAAUUGGAAAAUGACAUUGCAGAAAUAAUGAAAAUGUCAGGAGAUAACUCUUUUCAGCUGACAAAAAUGAAUGAUGAAUUACGUCUGAAAGAAAGAAAUAUAGAAGAAUUACAGCUAAAACUUACAAAGGCCAAUGAAAAUGCAAGUGUUCUGCAGAAAAGUAUUGGGGAGGUAACUCUAAAAGCUGAGCAAAGCCAGCAGGAAGUGGCUAAAAGGCACGAGGAAGAAAAGAAACAGUUGCUGGAUAAAUUGUCAGACUUGGAAGAGAAGAUGGAAAUGAGCCACAACCAGUGUCAAGAUCUCAAAGCCAGGUAUGAAGAAGCCAGUUCUGAGACAAAGGUUAAGCAUGAAGAAGUCCUACAGAACCUGCAGAAGAUGCUGGGAGACACCAAGGAGCAGCUGAAGGCUGCACAAGAGGAGAACAGCAACUUGCUGCAGGAGAUGAUGGAGCUGAAGAGACAAGCUGACAAAGCCAAAGCUGUUCAGACAGCAGAAGAUGCCAAGCAGAUAAUGGAACAGAUGACCAAAGAGAAGACUAAAACUCUGGCCUCCUUGGAAGAUACCAAGCAAACAAAUGAAAAACUACAGAAUGAGUUGGAUACACUUAAAGAAAACAACUUGAGAAAUGUGGAAGAGCUGAAUAAAUCAAAAGAACUUCUGACUGUAGAGAAUCAAAAAAUGGAAGAAUUCCAGAAAGAAAUACAGCUGGUGAGGGAGGAUCUGAGCAGCAGAAGAUUCCCUAACCAACCUCCCACUGCCAAAAUCCCACCUCUGAGCUCUACUAGAGAAACCCUCAAGCAGGCAGCCGCUCAGAAGUCCCAGCAGCUUUCAGCAUUGCAAGAAGAGAACGUUAAACUUGCUGAGGAGCUGGGGAGAAGCAGGGACGGAAUCACAAGUCACCAAAAGCUGGAAGAGGAGAGAUCUGUGCUCAAUAAUCAAUUGUUAGAAAUGAAAAAGAGAGAAUCCAAAUUAAUAAAAGACACAGAUGAAGAAAAAGCUUCCUUGCAGAAAUCCAUCAGUAUUACUAGUGCCUUACUCACAGAAAAGGAUGCAGAACUGGAAAAACUGAGAAAUGAGGUCACAGUGCUCAGGGGAGAGAACGCCUCUGCCAAGUCCUUGCAUUCUGUUGUUCAGUCUCUAGAGUCUGAUAAGGUGAAGCUUGAGCUCAAGGUAAAGAACCUGGAGCUUCAACUCAAAGAAAACAAGAGGCAGCUCAGCAGCUCCUCAGGUAAUACUGAUACUCAGGCAGAAGAAGAUGAAAGAGCCCAGGAGAGUCAGCAAAUGAUUGAUUUCCUAAAUUCAGUAAUAGUGGACCUUCAGAGGAAGAAUGAAGACCUCAAGAUGAAAGUGGAGAUGAUGUCAGAAGCAGCCUUUAAUGGGAAUGGUGAUGACCUAAACAAUUAUGACAGUGAUGACCAGGAAAAGCAGUCCAAGAAGAAACCUCGCCUCUUCUGUGACAUAUGUGAUUGCUUUGAUCUCCACGACACAGAGGAUUGUCCUACCCAGGCACAGAUGUCUGAUGACCCCCCACAUUCCACACACCAUGGCAGUCGGAGUGAGGAACGCCCAUACUGUGAAAUCUGUGAGAUGUUUGGGCACUGGGCCACCAACUGCAAUGACGAUGAGACCUUCUGAUUAAGCUUCAACUUGAGAGCUAGGCCUUCUCAGACGCACUAGCAUUUGGGCAGCUGAGCACCAGCAUUGUGUGUGUGAACUUCAGGAGAACUCACCUUAUUUUUGAGCCCCCGUCAACAAAUCCAAGAAAAUACCUUGAUCUUCAACAAUUUGUCCUUUCAGUCUCCCCUUACAAGUUAGAAUAAUAAACACUGAGUAGGUGAGUUUUCACCUCUAACUUUGUCUUCUUGAUUUUUAAAAGUUUUAAUAAGACAUUGCACCAGAUGCCAUUACAUUUACUGUCCCUAGGGAAACCUCCUAGAACAUCUUUACCCUUAAAAUACCUUAUUUAAGUAACUUUAAAUUAUGCUGUUACUUUUCAUAAUAUUUGCACUAAAAUAUUUCCAAGCUGCAUUUGUAUAUUUAGAUGUUUUUGGUUAAGCUUUGACACUGGAAUGAGUUGAAAAAUGUGCCAUUUUACAUUUUCAUCUACUCAUUUAAAGUAUUUUAUUCUUAAAGAAAUAUCUGAGCUCUUUGCACUACCUGAUGUCAGUAGUGCCUUUAUUUCAGGCUUGAUGAUACUUGGGUGUGAUUAUAAAAUCAUGAAACAGGUAAAGGGAUAGGGAAGCCCACAAACUGCUGUGGGGACAUUUUAUAAUCUAUAUGCUGCACCCACUUACUCUACUGUGGUGUUUUGUUUAUUGGUUUUGCAUAAUUUCAGCUUCUAUAUAUUAUAUGUAUAUAUUUUUAAGAAAUCUCUAUUUUGGGAAAAAACAUACACAGUGUGUCUUUCUUUUCAGAUUUUUUACCUUAAAAUGUUCAUCAGCACCUAGCAGAAGUAGGCCAGAAGUAGUAUCAUGUGGCUUUGCAACUGUUUUUUCUUUUUGUUUUCAUUUCAUUUCUUUAUCAGAUAUAAUAUAGGGGAAAAUUUUCUCCAAAAAAUCUUUUUCUUUCUCCAACAGAUAUCCCCAGCAGUCAAUUAAUUAAUCAGCCAGUAUAAAACACCUAAGUUAACCAAUCUGCAACCUUUACAAGUUUUUUUUUACUGUGUUUUUAGAUGAAUGUAUGAUAAGAAAUCCAACAUUAAUAGUUUUGGAUUUUCUUAUCACAAAAAUAAAAUGAAGGACCUCAACCACCGAAAGUUUAUCAAUCAGCUCGAAUCUCUAUCUUCAUUUGAAUGUCUUCUAGAAUGUAUAAAAAGUAGUAAAUAUCUUCCAAGCUACAUGUGAAUAAGAACUUCUAUAACUGUAUAUAUGCCUUUGAUGUAUUUUCCCCUCAAGAUUAUCAACUGUGUGUUUGGCAAGUGAAAAAUAUAUCUGUAAUUGAAAUUUUUGGUUAUAAACCUAUUAUAAUAGGAAUUGUUUCACAAACAAUAUGCAAAGCAGUAUUAAAACUUGAGCAAACAGAUGUUUGGUAUCUACUUUAAUAAAUGGUUAUUGUUUUUCGCCAGUGGUAGUAAACUGAUGUUAUCCUCAGG